AUGAUGAUGACCGCUGGGAUGAAGAAGAGCAGUGGGAGCAGUGACAUCAUCAGGACAGUAGUCUUCUUCUCCUGCAGAACGUUCAGAGCAGAAAGACUUCAGAACCUGGACCCACAGAACCUGGACCCACAGAGCCUGGACCCACAGAACCUAGACCCACAGAACCUGAACCCACAGAAUCUGGACCCACAGAAUCUGGACCCACAGAGCCUAGACCCACAGAACCUGGACCCACAGAAUCUGGACCCACAGAGCCUAGACCCACAGAACCUGGACCCACAGAACCUAGACCCACAGAACCUGGACCCACAGAAUCUGGACCCUCAGAACCUGAACCCACAGAAUCUGGACCCACAGAAUCCCCAGAUAGCAAAAGGACAUCGUUUCAACAUUUAG